AUGUUGCAUCCUGUAAUGCAUAUAUUAAAACAGAAAAAUAUUGUCUUAGCAAGUGGUUCUCCAAGACGAAAAGAACUCGUCGAAAACAUAGGUCUGAAAGUAAGCCUGUGUCCGUCACUAUUUGAGGAAAACUUGGAUCCUAAAAGUUAUAAUAGUUUCUCAGAAUUUGUUGAAGAAACAGCCUUGCAGAAAGUUCUUGAAGUUGACGAUAGGUUAAAGAAACAGGGCCACAAACCAGAUGUUGUUAUUGGUGCUGAUACAAUGGUGACUUUGGAUGGUGAAUUAUUUGGUAAACCUACUUCUGAGAAGGAAGCAUUUGAAAUGUUGACAAGGCUAUCAGGCAGAUCUCAUACUGUAUAUACAGGUGUAGUGGUAAAGUCAUUUGAAAAAGUUGUUAAGUUUACUGAAAAGACUAAUGUUGUGUUUGGUAAAAUGGAUAAAGAGCAGAUCCUAGGUUACAUAUCUACCGGAGAACCCAUGGACAAAGCUGGUGGAUAUGGUAUACAAGGAGUCGGAGGCACAUUUGUAGAAAGAGUAGAAGGCGAUUACUUCACAGUUGUUGGACUACCCUUGUACAGGCUUUGUUCUGUUAUAUACGAUAUGUUCAAACAUCAGCUGAAUAAAAGCUAA